ACUCGGCAACCCUCACCUUGCCAAAAGAAGAAUUUCUCUCUCCUCUCUCCUGUUGCCCUCAACCCCCUCCUCCCUCCUCCCUCCUCGAAGAUUUCAGCUUUCAAUCCAGGAAAGAAGGCGCGGAUCAAGAACGCGAGAAGGGGAGGAAAAAGGGUCUCUGCUCUCAAGCCCUUUCCUCCGCCUUCUUCAACCGGAAAGAAAGGAGAACGAAAUCGCCCUGCGACUUCCCCACACAAUUCUUGCUUCUCUUGUGGGCGAAGUAGUCGACUCUUCUCGACGCGCAAACGACUUCCAUUUAUAGUAAUCCCCACUACGGGCCUAAUACGUUCUCACGAGGUUGUUCCCAUAAAAGCAAAGAUCUUUCGCUUUUGUAACCACAAUCAUGGCCACCUAAGGCUCCUCUCUCAUAAGUCAUAAUUCACAGGCGCGGCACAAGGCACGAAAAGAUAAAAAAAAAAACGAUGGCCGGUGAGGAGCCCUAUUCUGCCGACACGAACUCGGACACUUUCGCUGAUGAAGAAACGCUGAUUCCGAGUUCUUCCGAGGCUCUUGAGUCCGCCUGGGUUCCUACUUCCUCGACCGCUCAUCAUGGUUCAAAAUCAGUGGUCAAUUUUGAGGACGUUUGUGGAGGAGGAGACACCAAUACUGCGCGGAGGCCAUACCUCCGACAGAUUGAUCUGAAGGAAGAAGCCGUCGAAGAGGACUACGGCGACGGGAACUUUCAGCCUCCUGGUAAGAAGCGGCGGCUAUCGGCCGACCAAGUCCAUUUCCUCGAGAGGCACUUUGAGGUCGAGAACAAGCUCGAGCCCGAGAGGAAGAUCCAGCUCGCCAAGGACCUUGGCCUGCAGCCGAGGCAGGUCGCGAUCUGGUUCCAAAAUCGGCGAGCCCGGUACAAGACCAAGCAGCUGGAGAAGGAUUAUGAUUCGCUCAAAGCUCGCUUCGAGAGCCUCAAGGCCGAUCACGACAAGCUUAUCAAAGAAAAGGAGAAUUUGAAAGGGGAGGUCCUGUCUCUUAGAGACAAGCUGAGGAGCAGAGCAAAAGGAAGCGAGGAGGGAUCGCUCGAAGCUGAUGAUUCCUUGCGUGGAGCGACUCCGAAACCAACCACACCCUCAACUCUCGAUGCCGUUUCGUACGUGGAUGCCACGAUCUUAAAGCAGGAGGACGUGAGUUCGGCCAAGAGCGAUGUGUUCGAUUCGGACUCGCUGCUGGAACCUGCGAAUUCUUCCCACGUGUUCGAACCAGACUGCUCGGACUUCUCGCAGGACGAGGAUGACAGUUUCGGCAAGAGCCUCUUGCCCUUGGAUUUCCUCCCCCCAGAUUUGAUGAUGGAUACGCCUUCCAACAGAACCCACCUGCAAUUUCUUGCAAUUUUGCUUUCCCAGCUGAAGAAAAUCCCUUCUGGUCCUGGUCUUACUGAGUAAAAACAAAAUGUUACAGGAUAAACGCCAUGGCAGCUUAAGGGUAGAGUCUCCGCUACGAUGCAUUUAGCUAUAAGUAGAACAAGAAGUAAAUUCUGGUGGUUUCUUGAAUUGGCAUCUUUUGUGGGUCGAUGCGAAAAGCCGAGGCACAACACGCAUCCCAAUCUCGGGCUGCUAAAUCUGCGGCCACGGUUUCACCCAAAAACCAAUUCUGAAUCUGAAGGUGUCUAUCUAGAUGUCAAGCCUCGUCAUUGAAUAAUCCCCUUUCCUAAGAGAUGAAUCGAUUGUACAAACAUGUUCAGUUCAGAAGUUCCAUCUCUUGGAUAUAUUUGAAUUCAUCA